UGAGAAUGUAUACUUCUCAUUUGCUGAAAGAAAUAAAAUGAAUAUUGGUAACUUAAUGGGGAGACACUGUUGCAUUGGGCUGCUAGGAGCAAACAAGUGAUCAUGUACUUGGUGGGGAUCAAUAAAGUAGAGAAGAAAUCAAUGAAUUCAAUGGGCAAAACAGCAGUGGAACUAGUGGAAGAGAGCUGUGAUGAAGAAAUGACUAAAGCCAUGGUAUCAAUAAUGCCACCAUCAGCUUGGUCCUGGUCGAAUCCAGCGAUGCUCGAAACGCUGUCAAAGAAGAGAGAGCAGACAAUGGUGGUGAUGGCCUUGAUCGCUACAAUGGCGUUCCAGGCGGCUGUGAGUCCCCCGGGAGGGGUGUGGCAGGAGGACACGUCAUCACACAGAGCAGGAGAGGCUGUGAUGGCAACUACUCAUCCCAAGAUAUACAAACACUUGAUACGAGCAAACACCACAGCUUUCGUUUCAUCUCUCAUCACAAUCUUCAUGGUCACCGUGCCACAGCGAUUUGGGAAGGGUAUUCUGUUGAAUUUCUCCCCCUAUGCAGUGUGGGUGUCGCUGGCAGCUAUUGCAGUCAGCUUUGGAGGUUCAGUGUUGAUCGUUGUGCCAGAUACACAAACACGAUCACUUACCGAAAUCAAAACUGUGGUCGUCGCCGUAUCUCUCGGUUUCUUGGGAAUUAGGUUCCUCCGAAAUGUUUUCAUAACGUGCUGUGUAAUACUCUUCGGAUAUAAGUGGGUCAAGGAUACUCUCACGCGGAUUCGGCGGCUUUGGAGUAAGGUGUUAUAACUUAUAACAACGUCAAAAUUAUGUUGUGACUAAAAUAAUGAUAAAUAGAAUGUUUAUAGUUAAACACUAGCCAAAUUAUGUUGAAUGAGAAAUACCAUUACAAUUUGUUGAAACUACAUUAAUUAACAAUCACUAGUACUCUCCAUUUCGGCUAACGAGUUCAACUAGCUGUACAAAUAUUGUUACAUUCCUUUUUGGUACAAUAGUUUCUUUUUCUACUGCAUCACUGUUUCACUCAC